AUGGCAGUUCUAAUGACAAAACAUGAGUAUGAAUUAUUGAAAGCUGUAAAGAAAGGCUAUAUUAUCACCGUAAAAAAACUUAUAAAUUCUAAUUUAAAAAAUUUAAAUGAUGAACGAUACCUUGAUUAUCAAUUAAUUAUCGAAGCUUUGAUUAGAUUUCAAAUUGAUAUUGCCAAAUUGUUAAUAAACAAAGGUUUUCGUGUUUAUAAAAUGUCUCAAGAUGAAAAGACAAUUCUAGAAUAUGCAGUUUAUUUGGAAGACAUAGACCUUAUUACAAGUUUGUUAGCAAAAGGAGCCUCUCCAGAUAUUUUAGUUUCAAAUAAGCAGAAUAAAACUCCUUUUCAUUUGGCUAUAGAUAGAAAUCAGCCAUUAAUUAUUAAACUAUUUUUGUCUCAGUUUGACAUUAAAACUUACGAUAAAAGCGAUCUUCUUUAUUAUGCAAUUAAACAAAAUAAAAUUGAAGUUGUAAUACAAAUGAUUGAAAAGGGGUUUUCUUUGAAGACAAAAAAUGAAAAAAACUUAACACCAUUUUGUGUAGCAUUAAUAAACAAGAAUUACAACAUUGUAGAUUACCUUUUAUCAUCACACCAUAUUGUAGAAGGUAUGAACUUCAAUAAUUAUGAUGAUAUAGCACCAGCAUAUAUAGCCAGUAUGAAUGGCCACUUGGAAGUCAUUAAAAAAUUUAUAAGUUCUGGUUUAUCAAUCAAUAAGCCUUUGAAAUCAACUACUGACAUUUGGUCAUGUUUAGAAAAUUGUUCUGGACUUACAUUAUUACAAUGUGCAGUUAAGUUUACAAAGAUUAAAGUAGUUAAAUUUUUAAUAAGCAAAGGGGCAGACAUUCUUAUUCAUAAUGAAAAUGAAUUAUCUGCACUUCAUAUUGCUUUUAAAAUUAAAGCAAGAGGCAUUUGGAAAACUUGGCAAGAAUUUAAUGAUAACAAUUCAAUAAUUGAUCUCCUUUUAAAAGCUAACAUGAAAUUCAAGUACAAUCCAGUGGAAAAACACCGAUUGUCUCACUUCCAUAUAGCUUGUUGCAGAGAUGAACCCAAGAUUAUUGAAUACUUCUUGAAAUUUGGUGCUUUUAUCAAUCAGCCAGUCAGUCCAGAAUGUUACCUUUAUAAAAGUUUUACCCCUUUGCACUUUGCUGUCAAAUUUAGAUGUAGUAAAACAUUGGAAUUACUUUUAAAAAAUGGAGCAGAUGUCAAACAGAAAGAUUUUGAGGGUAUGACUGCAUUGCAUAUUGCAGCGAAGGAAGCUUACUUGGAUGGAGUACGUUUACUUUUACAUUAUGGUGCUUACAUCACUUCCAUAGAUUGCCAUGGCAAUUCACCAGUACAUUGGGCUUUUGAAAAAAAAAAUUAUAAGAUCAUUGAUCUCCUGCUCUCAGUUCACAAUGUAGCUAAUUCAAAUCCAAUAAAUAUUGAAGGCUUAUCUCAUUUUCAUAUUGCCUGCUCAAGAAAUAAUGUUAAUGUUGUAAAAAGUUUUAUUGAAAAUGGAGUCUCCAUUGACACUUGUGUUCUUAAACAUGAUAAAGGUACAGACUCUAAUGUUGAGAAUUGGAGUGGUUAUUCCCCAUUACACUUUGCUGUUUCUCAUAACAGAUCAAAAAUUGUUCAACUGCUCUUGUAUAAAGGAGCAAAUGUUGCAUUAAAAGAUAAAAAUGGGUUUACUCCACUUCAUAUAACUUAUCGUUAUACUAAUGAAAUGUUUAGAGAGUUUGUAAAAAAUAUCCUAGAUGAUUUGGGUAGGAAUGAAAAAUUAAUGCAACAGCUUGAACCACACACCGAUAUUUUUAAAGUCCAUCAAGAUCAAUCUGUUGAAUUUCGUGGUUUUAUAAGAAAAAUUAAUUGGUUACCUAACAGAAAAGAUCAUUUUAAAAUCAUAAAUUCACUGUUAAGCUACAAUAGUUACAUAGAUUGCUCUGACAACCAUGGUAAUACUCCUGUACUGUAUGCUUAUGCUGUUGUAUCUAAUGUUGAACACAUAUUAGAAAAUAAUUUGAAAUGCUCAGUAUCAUUAUGGAGUCAAAUAAUCGACAGCUUUUCCGAAGAAGUUUAUAAAAGAAGAGAUUUAAUUUUGAACAAUCUAUUAAAACUUCAUGUCAAUUUGGAUCAAUGCUAUAAAUAUGGUUCUAUUUUAAACUGUGUUUUUUGGAUACAUGAUAAAGAGUUAGAAAAAAUGUUUGAAUUGUUCUUGAAAAACGGUGCAAAUGCUAAUAUUAUUAACGAUAUGGAGAUAGCACCUCUUCAUCAAGCAAUUUUGAUAUUGAAUAAAAAGCUCAUUAGUAUUCUAUUAAACUACAAUGCCAAUGUGGAUGGUAUUCAUAAAGAUGCAAUACCCCUUUUGAUUGCUACUUCUACAUCAAUGCCUUUCACGAUUUGUAUUGACGUUAUCAAACUGCUUAUAGAUGGAGGAGCCAAUGUUAAUGCAAGACAAGCCAAUGGAAGAACUGCACUACAUAAUUUAGCGUCACGACGUAUUAUCUACAAUCAAACCGCGUUAAAUGCAGUAUUUAUGUUGACUAAUGCAGGCGCUGAUAUUAAUAGUAAAGAUUUAAUGGGACUGACUCCUCUUCAUAUAGCUUGUUUAAAAGAAAAUUAUGAUAUCAUGAGGGUACUGCUAGACAGCGGUGCGGAUAUAAAUAUUGAAGAUAAUCAAAAGAGAACCGUUCCUUGUUUAUUAUACCAACACUUAAAAAAGUCAAAAAACUUUUCGAGAAGUUACAUACAUUCAUUGAUUUCUCUUUUGAAAAACUACAUUAUUAGUAUGCAAGUGGUUGGUUUGACAGUAAGUAAAAAAGCUUUGUCAUCGCAAGUUCAAUGUAACAAACUCGUGAUACAUUUAGACCAAAGUAAGUUAAUUAAUAAAUGGAAAUCUGAAGUAGAGAAGCUCAAAGGUAAAAAAAUUAACAGUAAUUGUACUCUUUAUAAUGUUUUAUUUAAAGACGAAAAUUCUUUGUCAAAGCUCGUGAAAAAUUACACAUUCAAGUAUAUCGUACGAUUGAAAACGUUCAAGUAUAUGUAUCCGACAUAUGGCUAUUUAAUUCAAUUGAAAUAUCAGGCAGGUUUAGAAAGAGCUAAUCUUUUGCCGAUAGCAAAGUAUGCAUUAAAUUCAUUAGCAAACCGACAUUUGCCAGACGUGUGCUCUGAACACAUCUGCUGUUACUUUACAAACAUUGAAUUAAAAGAAUCUAUUGCAACAUUGUCUUGUUUUCUUAAUAAUAAUGUCAAAAGUUUAGAUGAUACCGUAGAAUUGAGAACCCGUAAUUGGAACAAGCGCCAGAAAGUAAAUAGAUUAAUACAAUGAAAAAUUGUUUUACAUAAGGUAAUAAACUAAGAAGCGAGUGUUUCCUUGGGAAAAAUUUAUUUAUUUUUCUACUUAUUUGAUAAUUUAUAGUAAAAAUGG